AUGGCGAGUGGCCAUAGGAGAAACACUGCUCUCUCACACAUUAGAACACCUGGAAGGCUGGACUUAGAAACAGAGCGGGGGCUAAUACCAGGGGAGAAACUAGGAGACAGAAGUGAAGAUAGAAAUGGGUAUAAACCAGAAGAGGGGAUAUAGCAUAAACAGAUGGGGAAUUAUGAAGGUUGGGUGGGUAUUGAUGACCUAAUGAAUCACCUAGGACAGGUAAUGAAACACUUGUAUACAUCAUUCACUUUUCACUUUACAUGCAUUCAUAUGUUUUAAAAAUGCAUACAUCUGUAAGGAGUAUGUGCUAGAGGGGUGCAUACAUGUUGGUGGGUUAAUCCCUCCAGCUAUCCUAUUGACCAGAUAUCAAUACCUCCCGACUAUCCUAUCUAUUGGAUAUCCAUACCUCCCAACUCCUAUCUAACAGAUAUCCAUACCUCCCGACUAUCCCAUCUACCGGAUAUCAAUACCUCCCAACUAUUCUAUCUACCGGAUAUCAUACCUCACAACUAUUCUAUCGACCGGAUAUCCAUACCUCCCAACUCCUAUCUACUGGAUAUCCAUACCUCCCGACUAUCCUAUCUACUGGAUAUCCAUACCCCCCAACUCCUAUCUUCUGGAUAUCCAUACCUCCCAACUAUCCUAUCUACCGGAUAUCCAUACCUCCCAACUAUCCCAUCUACCGGAUAUCAGACCUCCAGACUAUUCUAUCUACGGGAUAUCCAUACCUCCCAACUAUCCUAUCUACUGGAUAUUAUACCUCCCAACUAUCCUAUCUACCGGAUAUCAAUACCUCCCAACUAUUCUAUCUACCAGAUAUCAUACCUCCAGACUAUUCCAUCUACCGGAUAUCCAUACCUCCCGACUAUCCUAUCUAUCAGAUAUCAUACCGCACUACUACCCUAUCUACCGGAUAUCAUACCUCCCAACUAUCUUGUCUACCGGAUAUCUGUACCUCCCGACUAUUUUAUCUAACGGAUAUCCUUACCUCUCAGCUAUCCCGGAUAUCCAUACCUCCCGCCUAUCCUAUUUACUGGAUAUUAAUACCUCCCAACUCCUAUCUAGUGGGUAUCCAUACCUCCCAACUAUCCAAUCUACCGGAUAUCAUACAUCCCAACUAUCCUAUAUACCGGAUAUCAAUACCUCCCCACUAUCCUAUCUACCGGAUAUCCAUACCUUCUGACUAUUCUAUCUACUGGAUAUCCAUACCUCCUAGCUAUCCUAUAUACCGGAUAUCCAUACCUCCUGACUAUCCUAUCUACCGGAUAUCCAUACCUCCCAGGUAUCCUAUCUGCCGGAUAUCCAUACCUCCCAGGUAUCCUAUCUGCCGGAUAUCCAUACCUCCCACCUAUCCUAUCUGCCGGAUAUCCAUACCUUCCCACUAUCCUAUCUACCAGAUAUCAAUACCUCCCAACUAUCCUAUCUACUGA